AUGAUCAGGCUUGUCCUGUUCACCACGCUGGCAGCCCUCGUGCUGGCCAAGCUGGAGCCCGAGAACAGGUAUCUGGAGGACAGUGUGGAGGAGAGGGUGGUUGGAGGAGAAGUGGCCAAGCCUAACUCCUGGCCCUGGCAGAUCUCCCUUCAGUACAAGAGUGGAUCCAGCUUCUACCACACCUGUGGAGGCACCCUGAUCAGGAGAGGAUGGGUCAUGACCGCUGCCCACUGUGUUGACAGUUACAAAAGGAAUAAUCUCAUAUCCAGGACUUGGCGUGUUGUUCUGGGAGACCACAACAUCAAUAGUAAUGAAGGCCGUGAGCAGUACAUGAGCGUGAGCCGUGUGCACAUUCACCCCAGAUGGAACUCCAACAACGUGGCUGGUUAUGACAUCGCCCUGCUGCUUCUGUCUUCUGAGGCCACCCUCAACAACUAUGUGCAGCUGGGAGUUCUGUCCCCUUCUGGACAGGUCCUGCCUCACAACAACCCCUGCUACAUCACCGGAUGGGGACGCACCCAGACUGGUGGUUCUCUGUCUGCCAACCUCAAACAGGCCUACCUCCCUUCAGUGGACCACAAAACCUGCUCCAGCUCUGGCUGGUGGGGCAGCACCAUCAAGGACACUAUGGUCUGUGCUGGAGGCGGCAGCGACUCUGGAUGUCAGGAGAUGGAAGAAGAAAUGCAUGUUUGA